AUUGAUAAUGAACUGGAUUGAUUAAUAUUCUUCAAAUCUCAAUUAAGUUUUGUGUACUCAUUCAACAGAUAUCAAUUAGCGAUUAUUAAUUUAAAACACCGCUAUUUCACGCGUUUACAUAUUUAUAAUUCGUGUUAGUCCCAGUACAUAAUUCUGUUUAGCAGGACUAGAUACAGCCGCUACUGCCCCGAACUACUUUUCAAUUAUGAAGCCUCAGAAGGAAUCUAGAACUUGUCCUACUUGUCUGUUGAAACCAGUCUUGAUGGCAAUUCUAGUGUUCGGAGUGAAAUUCGUCAAUCCUUGCCAAUGUUCCUGUUGGGAGGAAAUCUUAAAAUUCGAAAAAUAUUAUAAUAUUUACUACAAUAUUGUGGAAGUAUCGAUAUGGAUCGGGGUUUCGGUGGUCCUAUCCAUGUUUACUAGAAUCGAAUUGAUUUGCAGCGAGAUAUUCGCACUGUUCGGUGACGGCAUUAUGCAAAUAAAAUUUGUUUAUCUUUUCGUAGCAUUGUGCAUGGCUCUGCAAAACACCAUAUUGAAACGGGCACAAAUAUCCUUCGUUCAGAAGAGAAGCAGUUAUGCCGGAGAAGAAAAAUUAUCAAAAAAAAUCGAAAAAGUCUGCUUGUUGAUGCUCUCCAUCAUAUUCUUUAUAUCGGUAUCGUUCUCCUUUACCAUAUCUGUCGUCACCUAUCCCGUGUUGAAGAAAGAAGGCUGUCACGAUAUAGUAGCGAUUGUAUGUUGUUUUUUUAUGCAACUAAUUACGAUCUUUGCUUUAGGACAGACAAUGUCGGUAAAAGUAGCAGAAAUCUUGAUAUAUCAGAUCAUCAACCGAAGAUACGAGAAGUUGUCCGAGGAAUUACAAGAAAUGAAUCCUCGAUCGACGUCUAGAAAUGAAAUUGAAAGAUUCAUCGAGAAACAAACCGACGUGUGGGAAAUCGUUCGAGAAAUAAACGAAAAACACAAGUAUUUGCACUUAAUUGAAUACGGACUGUAUUUGUAUUAAACGUGUUUUCUAGUGUACGGGACACUCUUUGUCAAGAUGCCAACCAUCCUACAGUUGGCCAUGUGGUUUGUAGUAUUAUCAGUAACGAGUGAAACACUUUU